UCCAACCCCACACCCGUGAUCAUAGUCAAACGGGAUUCCCCCAAAAUGGAGGCAACGCGGCAAUGCGUAAUACUAGACAGGAGACGCACGCACACAUUUCCCUCUCAACCCUCCCUCAUUUUCACUUUGCCUCGUCUAGCAAGCAAGUUAACGAUAGCCCGCUUCACGCUUCCCAUCGCUUGCUUUAGUCGCUAUUGUAGCAUUUCAUGCCUUAGGUUCAAUGCUUGUAUGCAUAACCAGUCCUGUUAAAGAAAUAUUAUGAAAAGUUUAGUUUGUAUGCUUAGGCGCCAGUGUACAUUCAUCCACUCGCGUGACGUGUCGAAAAUAGUAAAUGAUUUCUCGUGCUUGUAGGAGAGAAUGACUUAAGAAUACGUCCGGGAAGCCGAUUAUUUAUCACAAAGUCUGAUGAAACAGCUGUCUGGUCAGGUUUUUUUUGGAACAAAGCCGCAUACAGGAAGAAGUGAGGAACGAAGAUGACGAAAGACUGAGAGUAGCGAGGCAAGGACUGCUGGGGUGCAGGAGGGAUGCCAACAAGACUGAAAUAAGAGGACAAACUACAGCCCCACAAAAGUGCCUACGCUGAGAGCAGCAGCACCAGCAGCAGGAGCUACAGCAACAGCUACAGCUACAGCAGCAGCAGCGUACCUGGCUCCACGCUUCUAUGUGGGUCUACCUGCUUGGAUAAAUCUCCCCCCUGCUGGCUUGUGUGAGUCUUUUUGGGUGUGUGUGUGUGUGUGUGUGUGUGUGUGUGUGUGUGUGUUUCGUGUGCGUGUGUGUAUGUUUGUUGAGGGCUUGGCCUUGACUGGGAUUAUAUUUCACCCUGACAGGCAGACAGUUUCCCCAUCUCUGCUCCCCCUGUAUCCUCCCGCUGCCAUUCCACCCCAUUAGAGCAAGGACACAGGUCCAUUAGUUCUCCUUUUAAGGACCUCGCCUUAUCCUGACGUCCAGUCACACUACCUCCCAUCCUACCCCACCCCACCCCACCCCGCCCUACCCACUCCCUUCCCUUUCACAGACAUGUUAGCAUAAUUGCUAGCAGCACUAGCGCCCAUUUUGUUUUGGCAAUGGGUCAUUUGGGCGCCUGAGAGGCGAGGACCUGCUAAGGACAGAGGGGGAGUUUUCGGAGGGGCAGUUUUCUUCGCACCGGACACAGGCGAGGAGUGGAGAGAAGGUGACCCGCCACAGGCGAGCGGAAAGACACACUCUCUGAGCCUGCAGAGGGGCAGUGGCCAGACACACCCCAGCAUGCCACGCUGUCCUGCCUGACCUUGGCACCUCUCUCCUGAGACAGAGCUGGACUCUGCAGACCACCACCCCCCUCCCCCAUUGAACCACCAUAUCUGCGAGGACAUCCAUAAGGCAUCUCAGUCAAAAUCCCCACCUCUUCUGUCAAAUUCUGCUGGACUUCAAUCUCUUCACAGCUACUUACAAAGUGAACUCUAGUCAGUAUUGUUUUUGUUCUUGUUUAUUUUGUUUGUCUUCUCGAGGUGAUUCUGUUGCCUCACCUGCCUGCUCAAAGACAUUGGGAGUUGUAGUUUCCUGCUCAAAGACAUUGGGAGUUGUAGUCCGCCUGCUCAAAGACAUUGGGAGUUGUAGUCCGCCUGCUCAAAGACAUUGGGAGUUGUAGUCCUAGUUCUCCAUCACUUCGCUGAGGCACUGUAAGGUGUUUCCUUCUUCAUUGUUGCUCUGCGCUCUGAUCGCCACUGUGCCCUCCAUCGCUGCUGGGUGCCCCACUUCUGCUGCCCUCCCUGCCCCACCCUAUCCUCCAACCCCACCCCACUGGCGUCUGUCGUCGCCCCCUCAUCAUGGCUGUCAACAUGGGCGUGGGCCGCGACGCCAAGUGGCUGACGCUGGAGGUGUGCCGCGAGUACCAGAGGGGCACCUGCUCCCGCUCAGAUGCUGAGUGCAAGUUCGCCCACCCCUCUCGCAGCUGCCACGUGGAGAAUGGCCGCGUCAUCGCUUGCUUCGACUCGCUCAAGGGCCGCUGCACACGCGAUAACUGCAAGUACCUGCACCCCCCGCCGCACCUGAAGACUCAGCUGGAGAUCAACGGCAGGAACAACCUGAUCCAGCAGAAGACGGCCGCCGCCAUGUUGGCUCAGCAGAUGCAGUUUAUGAUGCCAGGAGCCCAGCUGCAGCCCAUAAACUCGUUCCAAAUGUCUCCCUCGCUGGCCAGCAGCCCCAGCAUGGCGUUCGGCCCGUACCUGAGCCACAUGAGCCCGGGCAUGGGGCUGAUGCCUGAGCUGAUGCCCAGCGCACCCAUGCUGGUCCCGGGGAGCCCCACGGGAAUCGCCAUGGGAAACGGAAACUCUGUGCAGAAGCCCAUGCGCACGGACAAGCUGGAGGUAUGCCGUGAGUUCCAGCGGGGCAACUGCACCCGGGGCGAGAACGACUGCCGCUACGCGCACCCCAUGGAAGCGGCCAUGGUGGACGGCAGCGAGAACUCCGUCAUCGUCUGCAUGGACUACAUCAAGGGCCGCUGCACGCGUGACAAGUGCAAGUACUUCCACCCGCCCGCUCACCUGCAGGCCAGGAUCAAGGCUGCGCAGCACCAGGCCAGCCAGAACGCUGCCGCCAUGGCCUUGCCUCCAGGUUCGGUGCAGCCCCUUCAGAAGAGGCCCACCAUGGAGAAGAGUAACGGAGCGUCUGCUGCUGUCUUCAACCACAACAUGUUCCACUACCAGCAAGCCCUGGCCAACAUGCAGCUGCAGCAGCAAGCCUUCAUCCCCGCAGGCCCUUACCUCUGCAUGAGCCCCUCUGGAAGUGUUGGGCUGUUCAAACCCCCAGAGAACCGCUGGGAGAGAAGGGAUUGGAGCAGUUGCAGGCAGCCCCACAGUCGCCUCCUAUCAAUGCCCGGACAUGCUGUUCCCAUGAUGCACGGUGCCACCACUUCCACUGUUUCGUCGGCUACGACCCCAAUCACCAAUGUUCCUUUUGCCGAGUCAGCAGCCUCCAAUCAGACCCCUCCGAGGUUCUAAGUUCUGACCCGGUUGACUUCCAGUGCAUUCCCAUGGAAACCUACUUCUGCCCUGUCCCUAAACUCUUUAUGGCAGCCCCCAUGACCCUAAGCCCAGUAGGCCUCAACCGAAACUCCAGUUAAAACGCCAUCAGCCUGUUAGACGCCAUGUGCCCAGGGGCACAACAGAAACAUGGAAUGCAGCAAACAUGUGCCUAAUCGAUAUGUUCCCCGACGGGGCCAUACAUUCACUUCAUCACUCUUCAUCACUCUUCAUCUCUGAAACGUUCACAUUGUGGAUUAAAAAAAAAAAAAAAAUUGACAAAGGUUUUGUUCAAACUAACACAGGCAAUACCUAAGUUUGGGCCCACAACUGUUAAAGGAAGCCAGCCAUGUUGAUGAAGAGGUACUUUACAAAGCAAGGCGAGGUCGAAGGUCGAAGCAGGCAAAGCAGAGCUCCCCAGUCCUAACAGCCAUACAGAUACUCAGAUGAUCUCCCAGUGACAUCAUCUCCCAGUGACACAUGAAUGCACACUGGCGGGAGCUCUGGAUUCUCUGGCACGGCCUGCGAGGGCUCAGGAAAAGCAGAGGAGCUUGAGACGCAGUCACAUGAUGACGGCAUACAGGCCUUAAAGGCUAAGAGUUCACAGAAGGCAAACGAGACGAAUGUGAAAGGACCGUGUGCCUGUGUUCCAAGCGUUUCCUUUUUUUUAAACGAGUUUCAGCUGUCCUUAAGGCCUUUUUGUUUUUACGGUGUUUUAGGUGAUGUUGGCUGUUUUUAUUUGGAAUUUCCUUUUGUUUUGGCAGCCCAAGAUGAAAUAGUGAUCCUGAAAGAGCAUUGUCAUGUUUACAUUUCAAAAUGGCUGUAGAACACCUGUCCUUUUUGAUACUGUUUCUCGGUAAUGUUUUGUUUUUAAUCAUAUUUCCAUUAGGCUAUGAUUGUAAGAUCGCCUAUUCCAAAACAGCAUUCAGAGCAGAUAGCCUGGGGGCAUAAAGGCUUCAUUUGGUCGAUUCGUCUGUGCCUUUGGGUGACGAGCUGAAAUAAUGAACGGGCUGAUUUUUUUCUGUCUCUCCCUUUUAGUAUCGUCAUGGAAUUACUCAAACCCACAAUGUACUUCAAGAUUGGGAAUGCACUUUUGUGUUGUGUACAAAAACAUUAUGCUGUAGGGUUUGUCCUUAUAUUUGUAUAGUUGGUCGCUAUAGAAACACAGGAAUGCAUGUGGUAGCCAUUGGCUGCAUAAGAUGCAUUCCUGUGUGUCGUAACACAAGCCUCUCAGCCAAUGAAGUAUUUAAUAUUAAUUGAUCUGAAAUGAUUGUUUAAAAAAUAAGUGGUCUUUUGUAUAUGUGUGAUUCCAAAUUUACUGAAAGAAUAUUUUUUUCUUGGCAAUGAGUUACAGAUGAUACAUCCAUAGGUGUUGGACUACGUCAUAAUGUGGCGGACACAUUGGAACAAGAUAUCUAUCGUGAAAUGUUCCUCAUACCUCUUUAACUGCCCUAAGCAGCGGAGUAUCUUCAUGUCUGAGUUCAUGUCUUAAUAUGUGUGAGAUCAAACACAACAGUGUGUCUAGAUUCCAGCAUUACUGGAUAAUAAUGUAUGCUUUUUAAUAUUCAGAUGACUGAAUAUCUCGUCUAGUUUUUCCAAAAUGAAUAUAGAAAUUUGCCCUUUACAUCCCACCCAAGGACGCAAGGUUGAUUGUGCAGCACAGUGCAGUUUCCUUUUUUCUGUUCUCAGUCCGGUGUGCGUCUCCGUCCCCUGUCAGUCGGCGGUGGACGAGCUGUCUCCGCCAUGUGCCAUGUCCCAUGUCCCAUGAUGCCCCUGGAGAGACACAAUCUGUUUGUCUGUCCCUGCCGCUUCACUCUGGCAGGGACAUGCACGUUAGAUAUGAUUUUCAGCCUCUGACUGUGGGACCACAAAACAAGAGGUUUGAGCAUAGAUGCUAGAGAAGCUAGAAUGUACUAAAAGCAUUUAUGUAGAGGUUACUCACACACAUCUGUGACCAGAGAGGUGUGUGAGAUGGCAGGACAAAAGCCAUCGUGGCUGAUGUCAGCGUAUAGCCUACAGAUCUCCAACCUCCCGGGGAUUUAUAUCCCUGAUGCCUAUCAUUUUUCCAGUUAUUAAUACCAAAAAAAAAAAACACUUAACUGUGCAGUUUCUAAUGUGAACACUAUUUAUAGCCGGCUCAUUUAUAAAACUCCUUUUAGCUCAGUAGUCUUAACAGAGCACAUGGAAAUAUUGUUUUGAACAAUAAACACGAAAAAUGGUUUGGUGUAGGAUCAAGUGGACAUGUCAGUCAUGGCAGUAAAUCUCUAGUUACACUGAAUCACCUGCUUCCUGUGUGCCGGGAUGCUUGAUGACUCUGCCUCUUCGGAGUGUUAUCAUCGUAUUGAACAGGAUCUUUGUAAACUGUGAUGUUGUGAAAGGUUGUUAGGCUAAAAUGGGUUGGUCAUAGUAACACAAUAGCAUCCUUUUUUCAGUUUGUGUAAGAGUGCUUACACUCAUCUCUGGUUAAACACAUGGUCAAAUCUCCGGUAUCGCUACUAGGUGAUGUCCAAAACAUGGCGGUGUUGCUUGUUUUUUGUGAUGUAUGGUUAGUUGGUUUUGGACGUUUGGAAUUAGGUUGAUCAAGAUUUUCGUUAGUUGUCUGCUCAUGGUACUUCAUGGGAGGUGUGGGUUUUUUUUUUUUUGUCUUUUUUUUUUUCUUUGUUUCAUUAACAAUUGGUGUCCUUGCUUUCAAGUCACUGAACUCGAAGCACUUGAGCUGUGGGAUAUUUUAGAGAGCGGAUGGGAAGAGUCAGAGGGAGAGAGAUGGACCCAGCAUGUGGUUCGCUGAAUGGUUUUGCUAACAAAGGUCGACUCCUUAGAAUGACAUCCAGAAAGGGCCUUAUCUGCAUGUUUGAAUGUGACAUUUAGGACAAAUGGAAUGUCAGAUGAGAUUGAGAAAGAGGGCACACUGUUGGGAGAAAAGUUGCUAAAACAGCACGACACUGCAUCUCUGUGAGACGGUGGCAAUGUUGGGCCGGUGGAACUGGCUUAACUGAGCUGCGAACAGGUCCAUGUGAACAGAAUACUUACACGUCUGUUAUUGUGACUGGGAAUGAAAAGCUGAGACUGGAGGAACAGGGCUAGGGCAUGUUGUAGUUGAUUUGAGGGUAACAAGAGCAAAACCACAGAAAGACAAUAUACUGUGUCAUGAUAUACUGAGUAUCUAUGGUAGGUUAAGUGUUUUACAAUGAUUUUGGUAAAUAAUGUCAAAUUUGGAUUAUACAAGUUUAACAUGUUUUUGUUCUUUAAAUUACUGUUCAAAAAUGAAGUUCAGAAAUGCUGUCAUUUAAAAACAAAUGAUUUAAUUUCAGUUACUAAAAUUCAGUAGCUUACUACUGUGUACAUCAAGUUAAUUUAGUUGGAUCUUAAUGUCCUGCCGAGUUGUGGGAUUAUCUUCUCUCUCUCUCUCUUUCACUCUUUCUCUCUCUCUCAGUGAGAAUUAUGCCUUCUCCAACUGCUGUCCAGCUGGAAAUAACAAAAUACUUGAUUAAAGAAAAAAAUAAUGAUGUGCCUCGUUAGGGGGGCUUAAAGUUUUAAGUACACUUACCUUUUUAAGAAGUGUGUUACUUGUACAAGAUUCAGUAGUUAUCUAGAGAAUGAUUUAAUGUAAAUAUUGACAAAUAGAAAGUGUUUUUUUUUUCAUGUUUUCCCAUGUGUUUCUCACAGUGGUAUUUUUGUUACAUUCUAUCUUAAUUAUAGCCAAGAAUCGGUCUGUUUUUAGACAAUGAAUUGUUAGUGAAAUUUACGUCAUUUUAAAUAUUCUUUCACAAUCAUAAACAUUCUCAUUGCAUGACUGAGAUAUAACCCAAUUCAUGAAUAGUUUGUGUAGACUAUAGAAUAAGAGAAUCAGAAUUAAGAAAUAUAUAAACAUAAAUAUAUACUUUGUAUGUAUACAAUGAUAGAGUCAUUGUUACUUAUGAUAGUAAGUUGUUGUUGCUAUGGCAACAAAACUACAACAUGGCUACCUUUGUAUAUCUUAAUUGUGAAUUUUUUUCACACAUAAACUGAAAUAAUGUACAACGUUAACUUAUUCAGAAAGGAAAUGUGUAGUCUGGGAUUUAGUGAUUGAAUAUUUUGUAAGAAAAAAAGGUGAAAACAUUACUAUCCAAAGCCCCUCUGGGGAGAUCAUAUGUUCUAUGUUUUGGUUUGGGGUUUUAUCAUUAUUUUAUGUUCUGAUGGGGUGUUGAUCUGUUUUCAAAGUGGGAAUUUGAGUAUGCAGCAUCUGAGCAUUUGAAUCGAUGGGUUGAAUCGAGGGAAAAGAGACUUGUUUCAUUUUCCAUUAAAGAAAUUGAGAUGUUUCCACAAUAGCAAUCACAUUAGUAGUCAACAAGAUACACUGAGCAUAUCUCACUACCGGGUUCUUGGCCAUUUACUGUGGACAGGACCGCUGACAGGUACUGUCAGAGCCUGUUGUGGUCGCUUUGAAUGCAUAUCCCAUUGUCAGGUCUCUUUCUCCCGAGGGUCUGCCCAGUGUGCACCCAGCUGUGCUGGGAGCCUGUGGCACUGGCUUUGAUGCGUCAGUGUACGAAUGUGUGAUAUUCACCUUGAUUGCACUUAUGUACAUAAGUCAAAAUACUCAGAAUUUAUUUUGAAUAUACAUAGAUAUAUAUAGCAAAUUGAUAUAAUUCAACUGACUGCAUUGGUCGGAAUACAGGUAAACAGUGGUCAUUUUAAUAGGCUGUAAAAGAGAUAGAUGCUGUUCUGGGUUUUGAGGGAUUUGUCUUUUGUUCUGUUUGCUAUUGCCCUUUUACAGUUCAUCACAGCAUGAGGUUUCUCACUGAAAAAAAGGGAUGUAUGUAUACACUUGUGUCAAAGAAGCUUUUAGAUUGUCAUAGCUUACAACAGAGCAUUUCGCAAUGUGCCCUAGCUAAAUCUGAUUCUGAGGGGGUUUGGAAAAUGAUUGUAAAACAUAGAAUUCUUUCAGACUAAGUAGGCUAUUACUUGUGUCCACACAUCAGAAACCAAAGAGCCACCUGUUACUGUCUCAUUGUAUUCUCUGAGGGUGAUUCAGUGAAAGGUUUUGUUUAUGUGAGAGUAGUGUUUUCACAUGUAUGCCACACUGAAUACCUGUAAAUCACAGCCAAUGAAUGGAUUGCUAAUCUUGGUCUGCCCCCUGCAGGCUGAAAUUAGAACACAUUAUAGUGAGUGCUCAGGAUCAGAUGACACUGUGGGCUCAUUGCGACUAACACACAAUCAGUAAACUUGAGUUACAGUCUUUUGUACAGGGGGGUUGAAUUCCUUUUCACACUUUAUUUGAUAUUAGUUGAUUUUUUUGUUAGGUUUUCAUGACAACUCUCCACAAAAUAUAACAGUAAAUGGAUUCGCCACCAGAUUUCAGCCAACCAAUUCAAUAUCAACAACAGUCACAAGAACUACACAUCCAGACAAAAGGCCCUGCUAGUGCUUAACGUGUACAUUUAAUGUUUUUCAACUGCUUUGGAAGCCAAUACAUUUUGUUGCCAUGGCACUUGUCCGAGAAUUGGAGGAGGGGCUGAGUUUCUGUUGGAUGCUAUGUGUCAAUGCACCAUUGGGCCAUGUAGAAAUAGCUCAAAGCCUUUUGUCCGUACAGCAACAUGGACAGUACUUAGGCCUUGUGUGACCCCAAAACUACAUACACAGAAGUACUUGCUUGAAUCACUGUGCUAAAUAGACAAACUACGCAUCACCCUUCAGUAGCCAGUCCUCUUGUGCCUAAGCUUUGAGCGGUGAGUAACAAAAAGUUGUUACUUUUCCACUGCUCUCGUCAGGGCUUACAGUAACACCCAAAAGAUUCCCUGCAGAGUAGUGGUCCAGCCAGAAACAGUAGUUUUAUAAAAAAAUAAAAAAAGAAGAAAAUAUAUAAAAAAUAUAAUUAAUGCAGACAUUGCCCAUCUGUCCAUUCAGGUUUUGUCCCUUUAAAUGCAUUCUUUGGGAGUAGCCGUAGCUUGCAGUCAAACUGAACAAAGCUGAGAACGUCCACAUUGUCUCUAAGCCAUACAUAACAGGCUUCCCUCUCCUCCACUUUAGGACAUAGUGAAACUGAAUGCUUUUACUCUUACUGUUAAACUGCUUCUACUUUCUAUUUAGCUUGUCGUGCUUGUAUGUGCUAAACAACUGUGCUUCAUGCCAAUCUCUUUUGCUAUGAAUAAGUAUAUAGAUAUAUGCAUACAUUACUUCUGAUGUUUUUGUUGGACGUUUUAAUAAAGCACUUAUGGCA